UAUAUCAGACGCGCAGAACUGCUGUUGAGGGUGUUUUGGUAAACAUGUGCAGCCCUCGGUCACCUGUUCGUUCAGUGCCACAGACAAGAAGAACAGCAGCGCUAGAGUCACAGCAGCAGACAUACUCUCACUCUCACAGCGCAAGACUAAACUAUAUACUCAGGCUCUGGACCAGAUACAGCUUGCUUUAGCUGCGGCGCACCUCGAAGCUCUAUUUGAAGUGCGAUUACGUCACGGCGUCUCUGCGUGGGCUGUCCCAAUUUAUGGCGUUCCUAACUUUGCUACACACCUCUCACUGAACACGUCUGCGUCUGCAUGAACGUGAUGAUGGGCAGAGCCAGGACUGUCUGUAUUAUGCAUAGUACCAGGGCCGUCGCUAGUGGGGUGAAAGGUGGGGAUGAUUACAGGGGCCCGUCGGCGCGAUCCUUGACUUUCUCCCUCGAGUUUGAGCGACAGCUCCGUUGUGCUCCUGCAGAUUUGACAUCUCUGGAGACUGGGAAGGGUUUUCCAGCACCUCAUCUGGCGGAUCCCCCUCCUCACGCUCCAGUGAAACACGCUUGUGCCAAGAUCUCAAUGCCAACAUUCCCUGUGGUGGUGAAGAUCGGACACGCUCACUCUGGAAUGGGGAAGGUGAAAGUUGACAAUCACAGUGACUUCCAAGACAUUGCGAGUGUUGUGGCCAUCACUCAAACCUACACCACCACAGAGCCUUUCAUUGAUGCUAAAUAUGACAUCAGGGUCCAGAAGAUCGGUUCUGACUACAAAGCGUACAUGAGAACAUCCAUCUCUGGCAACUGGAAAUCAAACACUGGCUCUGCCAUGCUGGAGCAAGUAGCCAUGACUGACAGGUAUAAGCUGUGGGUGGACACCUGUGCGGAUGUCUUUGGAGGUCUAGACAUCUGUGCUGUUAAAGCCAUACAUGGAAAGGACGGAAAGGACUAUAUCACUGAGGUGGUGGGCUCGUCGAUGCAGCUGAUUGGAGAUCACCAGCUGGAGGACCGUCAGCUGAUCACUGCCAUCGUUCUGGCCAAGAUGAACCAAGACUCGGGCCGCACAACAGCUCGAUCCCCUCAGAGACCUCCAACCACUGUCCAACCUGCACAAAGCACUGCCUUAAAAGAAAGCCUGACUGACCCCAGCAAGACCCUCGGCCAGCGGCCCCCUCCACAAGGGGGGGCAGUGAAACCCCAAGACCCACAACCUAAGAGUCAAGAGCCUACACCUGAGCCAGUCCCUGACCAGGAGCCUGUGCCCAAAGCAGGCCCUACCCCAACUCUACCACCCACCAUGCAGCAGCCCAAAGCCCAGACUCAAGCCGCACCUGAACCCACUCCAGGGAAGCCAACGGAACUGCCCCCAAAACCCCAACCUCCCAAACCCCUUCCCCCAAAGCCUGUGCCUCCAGUUCGGAGGAACUCCAAGCCUCAGAUCCAACCCAAACCCCAGACCCCACCUCCCACCAAGGCCAAACCGAAAGCUCAACUGGGCGAUACAGAUCAGAAUCUUGGGCAAACCCAGACAGAUCCAGUCCCUGCUCAAGAGCAAUCCCCAGCCAAAGGCCCUGUUAAACCCCCGUCACCAGCUAAACCUCAGCUCCAGCCUAAACCAGUGCUCAGAGAGCAAGUCAAACCUGAAGCCCGAGCACAGACUACUACUACAUCUGAAGCCCCUGUUAGAGCAACUGCUUCCCCUGCUCCCACCCCAGCCCCGGCCCAACCUACCCCAGCAAAACCCACCCAAUCUCAGCCUCCUGUGGAGGAACAGCCUGCACCCCAGCAGAAGUCAACCCAUCCUCUGUUGAACAAAUCCCAGUCCUUGACCAACGCCUUCAACGCCUUUGGCGAGACUUUCCGCUCCAGCAACGAGGAUGAAGCUAAGGCGGAGACCAUUCGAAACUUGCGAAAGUCUUUUGCAAGCCUGUUCUCUGACUAAUGACAAAACCCCGCAGCCGAAAGGUGGCCAGGCACUCGAGUGACAGAUAUGCAUCCUGGUCUGAGGUUAAUUCCAUGUAGCUGUGUACAUUUAACCCCUCCUCCCAACUCUGCUGUAAUUAUCCGAGUGAAGGUUAGAGUGAUGUACAGUGAUUGUUCUCGCGAGAUGUUGGUGUUUCCGUAUUUUGAGUCGCUCUGCUCCGAAACACUGGGAUUUAUAUGAGGAGGGAAUGGCUCUUAAGCAAUCAGUUACAGGAGGCUGGAGUAUGCUGAAUUCGUCUAUAGCCCCUCGAUGUUGUAGCUGUAUCAUGGUAGUGUGUUUUCUUUACCCAGAGACAAAUAUUUGUGACUAGUUUCCCUUGUUUAUCCCCUGUAGUGUGUGUGUGUGUGUGUGUGUAACUACUUGAUGUGUUGUAAGCAUUAGCCAGUGAGACAUUAGUUCAACAAUACCUCGGAAUCUUUAUAAAAGCCCUUUCCUCUUCAAGUUUCCUACAAUAAUCAAUGCUUGGACUGGUCUGUUUCAGUGCAGUGGUGGGAUUUCAGUGGAACGCCUGGUGUUUUAG